GCAUCUCAUUAACAUUCGUCGCUUGUUCGUGAUGCUGAAACGAUCUCCAGCGCACGGAGCAGAGACUAGAAGUGUUCCUGUUUGUUAAAGGAGGUGUCGACGACUCGCAGGAGGACAGCGCGAGAAAGAGGAGCGGAAGAGACAGUUAAUAUACAAUUCCUUCACUGUUGGACCUGGAAAAAGGGAGCAAGAGCCCUAAUUUUCUAUACAAAAAUCACCUGCAGAAGAAAAUAGUCACCAGUGAAUUUUCCCUGACAGCAAGUCUUCAAUAUGUGUCGGAUCUAACAUAGACCAUUAUUGUGUAAACAAGGAAUAUCUCCGUUCUUGGGUGGAUGUGGGCACAUUUGUUGUGGAAAUGCCUAAGCUUAUGAAUUCAUCGGUUUUCUUUCUACCAGUUUUAUGGGGUUUGGCGCUUGGUGGCUCUCAAAGUGUACAAAUUGGUGGACUCUUUCCAAGGGGUGCUGAUCAGGAGUACAGUGCAUUUCGGAUAGGAAUGGUUCAAUUCAGCACACCCGAAUUCAGAUUGACGCCCCAUAUUGACAAUCUGGAAGUAGCGAACAGUUUUGCCGUCACCAAUUGUUUCUGUUCCCAGUUCUCGAGAGGAGUUUACGCCAUCUUUGGAUUCUACGACAAGAAGUCGGUCAACACGAUAACGUCGUUCUGUGGGACUCUGCAUGUGUCAUUUAUCACCCCCAGCUUCCCGCUGGAUGGAACUCACCAAUUCAUCAUCCAGAUGAGGCCUGACAUCAAAGGACCCCUACUCAGCCUCAUUGAGUACUACAAGUGGGACAAGUUUGCCUAUCUCUACGACAGUGAUAGAGGUUUGACCACGCUGCAGGUGGUGCUGGACACGGCUGCGGAGAGGAAGUGGCAGGUGAUGGCCAUUAACGUGGGCAACCUGAAGGACGAGAGGAAAGACGAGGCCUAUCGCUCCCUCUUCCAGGACCUGGAGAACAAGAAGGAGAGACGGGUCAUCCUCGACUGUGAACAGGACAAAGUCCGAGACAUUAUGGAGCAGGUCAUCACCAUUGGCAGACAUGUGAAAGGCUACCACUACAUCAUUGCAAAUUUGGGUUUUGUGGAUGGGGACCUCUCCAAAAUCCAAUAUGGCGGAGCCAACGUGUCAGGUUUCCAGAUUGUGGAUUUUGAUGACCCGUUGGUGUCCAAAUUUGACCAGAUUUGGGAGGCUCUGGAGGAGAAGGAAUACCCUGGUGCCGACAGUAAGAUUAGGUACACAUCUGCGUUGACCUACGACUCAGUGCAGGUGAUGACGGAGGCCUUCCGCUACCUGCACAAGCAGCGCAUUGACAUCGCCAGGAAGGGCAACAACGGCGACUGUCUGGCCAACCCCGCUGUGCCCUGGGCGCAGGGAGUGGAGAUCGAGCGCGCACUCAAACAGGUUCGUGUGGACGGCCUCACAGGGAACAUUCAGUUCGAUCAACAUGGCAAACGAGUCAACUACUCAGUUAAUAUCAUGGAGCUGAAAAAUAAUGGUCCUGUGAAGAUUGGAUAUUGGAACGAAGUUGACAAAAUGGCUGUCACAAAAUCAGACGUGUUCCCGAAUGACACAACAGGGAUGGAAAACAAAACUGUCAUUGUGACCACAAUCUUGGAAGCCCCAUAUGUAAUGCUUAAGAAGAACGCUGACCUUUUUCUAGACAAUGAAAGAUACGAGGGCUACUGUGUCGAUUUGGCCGCUGAGAUAGCCAAGCACUGCGGCUUCAAAUACCAGCUGAAAAUUGUGGGGGAUGGAAAAUAUGGAGCCCGAGACGCUGAGACCAAGAUCUGGAACGGAAUGGUGGGAGAGCUCGUCUAUGGGAAAGCUGAUAUAGCCGUGGCACCGUUGACCAUUACCCUCGUCCGAGAAGAAGUCAUUGACUUCUCCAAGCCCUUCAUGUCCUUGGGGAUCUCCAUCAUGAUCAAGAAGCCCCAGAAGUCUAAACCUGGAGUCUUCUCUUUCCUGGACCCUCUGGCCUACGAGAUAUGGAUGUGCAUCGUGUUUGCCUACAUCGGUGUGAGCGUGGUGCUCUUCCUGGUCAGCCGAUUCAGCCCAUACGAGUGGCACACAGAGGAGUACGAGGAUGGCCAGAUCCAGACUAAUGAAUCGACCAACGAGUUUGGGAUAUUCAACAGUCUCUGGUUCUCCCUCGGCGCCUUCAUGAGACAGGGCUGUGACAUCUCGCCAAGAUCCCUCUCUGGGCGUAUUGUGGGAGGGGUGUGGUGGUUCUUCACCUUGAUCAUCAUCUCCUCCUACACGGCCAACCUGGCUGCCUUCCUCACUGUUGAGAGGAUGGUGUCGCCCAUUGAGAGUGCUGAGGAUCUGGCGAAGCAGACCGAGAUUUCCUAUGGAACACUGGACUCCGGCAGUACCAAGGAGUUUUUUAGGCGCUCCAAAAUUGCCCUAUUCGAUAAGAUGUGGACUUACAUGCGGAGCGCAGAGCCCUCUGUGUUCGUGAAAACCACAGCAGAGGGGGUGCUGCGGGUGCGCAAGUCCAAGGGCAAAUACGCCUAUCUGCUGGAGUCCACCAUGAACGAGUACAUCGAGCAGAGGAAGCCCUGCGACACCAUGAAGGUCGGCGGCAACCUGGACUCCAAAGGCUAUGGGAUCGCCACGCCCAAAGGAUCCUCAUUAAGAAAUGCGGUUAACCUCGCAGUACUAAAACUGAAUGAGCAAGGCCUGUUGGACAAAUUGAAAAACAAAUGGUGGUACGACAAAGGAGAGUGCGGCAGCGGGGGAGGUGAUUCCAAGGAGAAGACGAGCGCCCUCAGUCUGAGCAACGUUGCUGGGGUCUUCUACAUCCUGGUCGGCGGACUUGGUUUGGCCAUGCUGGUGGCCUUGAUUGAGUUCUGUUACAAGUCCCGAGCCGAGGCGAAACGAAUGAAGGUGGCAAAGAAUGCACAGAGUGACCUUCACAGACGCGAUGAGGAGCAAAGCGAGGCUGUCUAUAACGGGGAGUACUGGGGAGAACGGCCGUGUGAUGACUCCAGAGUUUCCGAAAGCAGUGCAUGCAGUACCUUACGUGAGACCUGGCAUGGGAAUGAACGUCAGCUUGACAGAUCUCUCCUGAUCGAUAAGAACCUUUCGAGUGCCUUACACUGGUUUCAAUAGAACAGUUUUUGUCUUUUCCCCCGCCCCUCUUUCUUCGCACUUUCUUUUUCUCGGUGUUCGUUGAAUGGUUCGAGGGUCCUCACAUUAUGGUGGCAUGAAGACAUUUCCUUCUUUUUGCUCUUUAUUUCUCACUAAACAAAAUACUCUCCCUCUCGAUGGAAUUUAAUCUCGGAAUAAAAAGGGAGGCCGUUUUUUUGUAAACCGGUGACGUCAUCAUUUACUAUCUCUAUCUGAGUUUUAGGAGGCUUUAUUGACUGUAACAGCUGCUAAUGGGAGUUCUGUCAUCUCAACUGGGGGGGGGAAGUUAUUGUUUCUGUAGCCUCCACCGCCAACCCCGAGAUCCUUCAAGCAUACUUGACUUAAUUUGCAUUGAGAUGUGAAAUGUCUUUUUCUAUAGAAAAUGUAAGAAAAACUAUAUGGAAAAAAUAUUUGUAUGUAUUUUCACAAAAUGGCUUUUAAAUAAUCCUGCUUACAUACUGGUUGAAUAUAAACAUAUUAAUGUGUGAGUAUAGUGAAAUAACAAUAGCUUAACAUCUUGUAGUUCCAUAUUUAAAAGCCCAAUAUGUUGCUAAUGGGGUUGAAAUGUUUAAAUCAUGUAAUUUAUUACUAUUGUAAACUUUCCUGUAAAUCUUAUUCUUUAACAUUUGCUGUUGAUAUAAAAUACUUAGCAAUGCUUGACAUUUGAGAUCAAUAAUUUACCUAUGCCUUUUACUUGUUCAAGUGGGUGGCACAAUUCUGUAUUUUUUUGAAUGUUAUUUGAUUGUUUUGAAGUAUUUUGCUGUUUGUAUUUCUUUCUGUCAAGGACCAGGGUAGCAGUCCAGUCCAUGACAUCCCACUCUAUUGUACUAUAUGUUUUGCUGUGAGAGGAAAAGAAACAUACACACUGGUCAAAAUGGUCGUUUAAAAAUGCCAAAUAGGUUAAAGAGUGCCAAAAUGUAGUGCCAGUAGGUAUGAAUAUAGUCCUAAUAUAAUCAGUCACUGUCAUCCAAGCGAAUGUAGUCAAUACAUUCUGUACGUUUUGUAACAGUUUUAUGGCUAAGACAUUUUGUACAGUUCUAUGGCUAAGACAGUGAUAUUUCAACAGCUUUUUUUUCUCUUCAGCUUUCAAGUUAACUCCACAGACUUUGUAUUAGCCUAAGUGUAAAAUAGCACUAGUUGCAUGUCAUUGCCUCAAUUACAUAUUAUUUCAUUUAACUUUACUUUUAAAAUGUUGACUAUAUGCGUUUCCAUUUUAAUGUUGAAGUUGUGAGACUAAAUGUUUGAGACUGGAAAUAGGACACUAGACAUAAUAUAUAUAUAUAUAUUUUAUAUUUUAUAUGACAAGUAUAAAUAAUACCUUCUAAAAUUGUACAACCCUACACUAAUUAUUAUUAUUUAAUUUUUUUACAAUUACAUGCAGUACUUAUUAAUGCGGAUCAUUUGGCGGUGACAGAUUUUCAAUAUCAGUUAUUUUGUAGGAUACGUUUCCAAGGAAACGUUACAUUUUUGGAUACAACACAACCCCCAGAAGCUUUUUUUUAGGUAGGAGCUUUGAAACAGCUUUUACAGACACACACCUCUGAUUUAGGCAAACACGGACAGUUUCAGAAAGCCCAAUGUUACUUUUGCAUUUGAAUAACCUGAUCUAACACGCGAUAACCUCCUCUCACAUAUGUAAAGGGAGCAAUGUACUAUUGGUAUCACUGUUGAUUUUUUUGUGGUGAACAAUACAACAGUAUGUUAUCUAAUCAACCUCAUCAUCACAUAUCCAGACUAUUCUCACUGACAUUUUGUAUAUGGAAUGUGUGCUAACUUGUUUAUCUUUGGGACUCUUUCUAAAUAAAAAGUGGCUAAUCUCUUGUUAUCA